UCAAUAAUAUUAACUAUUUUUCUUCACAGGAGGAGAGCAAUUUGCAACUGCUAUAUCGACUACACCUCCUCCUCCGACGCUCCCCACCGGCGGCGGCGGCUUUGAGUGCUAACUUUUGCGUCUUCCAGAAGAUUUCUCACCAAGCGCAUAAAGAUGUCGUCUUUAAGGAAUGCUAUUCCAAGAAAAGCUCAUAAGGAGCGCGCUCAGCCGCAUGCAAGAAAGAAAUUUGGGUUGCUUGAAAAGCAUAAGGAUUAUGUCGAGCGUGCGCGAGCCUACCACAAGAAGGAGCAGGCUUUGCAGAAACUUAAAGAAAAAGCGGCUUUUAGGAACCCCGAUGAGUUCUACUUCAAGAUGAUUAAAACCAAAACUGUAAAUGGAGUCCACAGAUUGGAGAGUGAAGCAAACAAGUACACUAAAGAAGAGCUUAUGUUGAUGAAGACUCAAGAUAUUGGAUAUAUUUUGCAGAAACUUCAAGCAGAAAAAAAGAAAAUUGAAAAGCUGAGUGGUAUGUUGCAUUGUCUUGACAACAACUCUUCUGGCAAACACGUGUAUUUUGCUGAAGACAGGGAUGAAGCAAGAGAAAUACGAGCAAAGGUGUCAGAAAACAGAGAAAGCCUCACUUUUGAAGACUUGCCUAAAGAUGUCAAAAGGAAGACAGCUGCUUCUUACCGGGAGCUAGAGGCUAGAAAAAGCCGAGUGAAAGAGCUAGAGAAAAUAUACAUGGACAUGGCAAUGCAGAAAGAAUUGCAGAAGAAGGGCAGGAAACGAAAACUGCGCGAAGAUGAAAUUGUUUCUCCAACCUCUGGACCCGUGUACAAGUGGCGGCAGGAAAGAAAGCGCUAAAUCUAUCUUGCUGAUGAGCAUGUAGGACUUAAUUUAGACAGACAAUAACAAAACCUGCUACAAUUGUGUGAAUUCAGGAAAACCAAACUGAUGAUGCACACAAGAUUUUUGCUCUUAUCCCUCUGGUUAAUUUUUUCGAGCUCAAGCAUUGCUUGCGACAGUAUGGAUCAUACUUCAGAGCUGUAUAGCUGUUUGUACUGAGAAUUAAACAAGGAUCUACAUUCUAUAAAUUCAGCGGUGCAGCCUUGAUUUUAA